AAAACACUGACACAUGUUAUCCUCUCUCUCUCUCUCUCUCUCUCUCUCUCUCUCUCUCUUCUGUUCCAUUUUUCUCUAUCUUUAGUUAACUAACAUUAACAUGGGUCUCUGCUUCUCUCACCAACAAUCUCCCUCUUCCCUCAAUUUUCCUCACACUUCAGGUUCAACGAUUAAUAAUUGCAAUACUAAAAACGUAUCAUCAUCAGCAUCAUGUAGUAAUAGUAAAGUUUUUGAGAUAGGAAGUGAAAGUGUUGGUAAUGGAGGAGAAGGAAGCAUAGUAAUAAGUGGGAAGUUUAUGCAAACACCAAACUUAAAGGUGUUUAGUUAUGGAGAUUUGAAAGCUGCUACAAAGAGUUUUAAAUCUGAUGCAUUGCUUGGUGAAGGUGGUUUUGGUAAAGUGUACAAAGGUUGGUUGAAUGCUGAGACACUCGCCCCUGUUAAAGCUGGUUCUGGAAUGAUGGUGGCAAUUAAGAAAUUGAAACCUGAUAGUGUUCAAGGUGUUGAAGAAUGGCAGUCAGAAAUCAACUUUUUAGGAAGGAUUUCUCACCCCAAUUUGGUGAAGCUACUUGGUUACUGUAAGGACAAUAAUAAAUUUCUUCUUGUGUACGAGUUCAUGCCAAGGGGAAACUUGGAGACCCAUCUCUUUAGAAGAAAUACUGACAUAGAACCACUUUCUUGGAACACACGACUCAAAAUAGCUAUUGAUGCAGCUAGAGGCUUAGCUUUCUUGCACUCCUCAGAGAAGCAAGUCAUAUACAGAGAUUUCAAGGCUUCCAAUAUACUUCUUGAUGGGAAUUACAAUGCAAAGAUUUCAGAUUUUGGGUUGGCUAAACUUGGGCCAUCUGAGGGAGAUUCACAUGUGACUACUAGGAUCAUGGGCACAUAUGGUUAUGCUGCCCCAGAAUACAUUGCAACAGGACAUUUGUAUGUGAAGAGUGAUGUUUAUGGCUUUGGUGUAGUGCUUCUUGAAAUGCUAACAGGGUUGCAUGCACUUGAUACAAAGAGACCAACAGGGCAACAGAAUCUAGUUGAAUGGAUUAAGCCUUCACUCUCUGAUAAAAGAAAAUUGAAAAGUAACAUUGUUGAUUACAGAUUAGAGGGCCAAUAUUCACCAAAAGCAGCAUUUGAAACAGCAAAGCUUAUUCUUAAAUGCCUUGAAUCUGACCCUAAAAAACGUCCUUCUAUGAAAGAAGUUUUUGAGACAUUGAAAAGCAUAAAAGCUAUAAAGGAUAAAAGGAAAAUAUCGAAGAAUCAUCGUACUAAGUCUGCAGCUAUGUACAAUUUACAAAAGCCAAUUUGUCCAUUUAGGGUGAGCAUUUGAUUCAAUGAAUAGGCUUUGAUUAGUCACUAGUUUGAUUUUUAAAGUUAUUUUGUUAGUUGGAAGUCGAAAUUUUUUGAAUUUUUUUCAUUGUUUGAGUUUAUCACAUUUUUUUAAAGUGAAAAAAAAAAUUAUUUGUUGUGAAUAAUGUUACUUCCUGAAAGAGUUAUCUUAACUCGUUUAAUUCUUGACCAUAUAUUGGAAGGAUAGAGUAAGACCAAUGUUUAGUUUCUAAUUGCAUGUAUGUGAGUUAUUUGACAUAAACUUUGUGACAAUAUUACUUUCUGGGAAGGAAAGGAAUGUGUGGCUUUCUAGGACUCUCUUUCUUACUUCCAAUCAAUCACUCUUUCUUGUCUCACGCUUUCAACUGUUUUUUUUUUUCGUUCUUCUUUAACUUUUUAGGCAUUUGCCUAAUAUGCAGAAGUUUCUCUCUUGUUUGUGUCAUGUUGUGGGCAUAUGUCUCUUAAGACUGCUCACCAGCCAAAAGCCUCAAUAUCCCAACAACACCAAAAAUUGUAUAAAUCUUAGGAACUCGGAGAGUGGUGCAUUCUGGACCCUCUCCAUCAUUAUUGAAACUCCAACCCACUGAAAACAACGAACAAUAUUCAUUCAAAUUCACAGCAAGAACUGAACUACAUUCACGAUUAAUUAUCCAACAAUCAAAGAUUCAAAUCUCAAUUUACCGUUUGAGCUUUCUAAAAUUUCACGGAUCAACCAAAGCAAGAAUACUAAAUUCAAAUCAUAUUCAUUCCAAUACGCAACAAGAACUAAACUACAUUCACGAUCAAUCAUCUAAUUAUCAAAUAUUCAAAUCUCAAUUUACCGUUUGAGCAUUCUACAAUUUCACGAAUCAACCGAAGCAUUAAUACUAAGUUCAAAUAAUUCAAAUCCAGCCUAAUUUAAUCAAAUCGGAACAGAAAACUAGUUUCUCGCUAAAAUCGUUAGCUGAAGUUGGUUACUGGAAUUUUCUCGCACUUUCUCAUUGAAGAAAAUGAAAAAGAGAAUGAGAAGAAGACGUACCUGGUUCGCAAGACAAAGAAACAGAAUGAAGAUUAAGAUCCAACUUCGAAUUGGAUUUAAGCUCUUAGCGCGUUAAGUGAGGGACUGCAACUACACGGGAAUAAUAAUAUGCUCUAGCAUGAUAUAUUGUUCAUUUUAAUGGUAAGAUAAGAGACUAUUUGGAAGCUUAGAAUGUUCUUCAUUUUACUUUUAAGUAAAAGCGUGUUUGAAAGCUUCAAUUCGAAGGGUCAAAAUGCUUAGGUUCAAAUUCGUGUUGUUCCAAAUGAAGCUUGAAGGCCAAAUUAUGGAUCGGUUCUGUUAAAACGGUGGGACUAGUUUGCUUCAAUACAAUACUAGAAGUAGAUUAGAGGUAUGCGAGACUGUGGCCUACUACUACAAGAGAAAAUAAUGUUGUAGCUUGAUAUAUUGUUCAUUUUACUUGUAAGGGAAUGGACUAUUUGGAAGCUUCGAAUAUUGUUCAUUUUACUUUUAAGGUAAAGGCGUGUUUGGAAGUUUUGAUUUGAUGGGCCAAAAUUCCUAGUUCGAUUUUGUGUAGUUCCAAAUGAAGUUUUAGGGCCAAAUCAUGUACCGAUUCCGCUAAACGGUGGGACUAAUGUGUUUCAUUACAUGUAGAAGUAGAUUAGAGGUUUGUGACAUUGUGGCCUACUACUACAAAGAAAUAAUAACGUUGUAGCAUAAUAUAUUGUUCAUUUUACUU